CUUAAUGUUAUGUGCAGUAGGGUUUUCAGUUUUAGUGUGGGGUGAAUUAGUGAAUAUAUUGUUGUGGGCUGUAUUUUGUGUACUCAAAAUUACAUGAACUGUUACUUGAUCUGCUUAAGAACUAAAGCUCCAGAAAUUACACUUGAGAUAAAAGGAGUCAUUUGUGAUGUGCUUCUGAAAGAAGAACUGAAAAUCCAUUACAUACUUACACAUUUGGGAAAGCUCUCCUAAUGUAUUUUGCAAACUAAUUGAAUUACCAUAGAAAUUCAGCAUGGGAGGAGCUGUGAGUGCUGGAGAAGACAAUGAUGACCUAAUUGAUAACUUGAAAGAAGCUCAGUACAUUCGCACUGAGAGUGUGGAGCAAGCCUUCAGAGCAAUUGAUCGUGGUGAUUAUUAUCUGGAAGGAUACAGGGAUAAUGCAUACAAAGACUUGGCCUGGAAGCAUGGAAAUAUACACUUAUCAGCACCUUGCAUUUAUUCUGAAGUCAUGGAAGCACUGAAGCUUCAGCCUGGAUUAUCUUUUCUAAAUCUGGGUAGUGGAACCGGAUACUUGAGUACAAUGGUGGGAUUAAUAUUAGGGCCUUUUGGGAUUAAUCAUGGAAUAGAGCUUCAUUCAGAUGUCGUAGAAUAUGCCAAGGAAAAAUUGGAGAGCUUCAUAAAAUAUAGUGAUAGCUUUGAUAAAUUUGAGUUCUGUGAACCUGCCUUUGUGGUUGGUAAUUGUUUGGAAAUAGCCUCAGACAGUCAUCAAUAUGACCGGAUUUACUGUGGAGCUGGAGUCCAGAAAGACCAUGAAAACUACAUGAAAAUUCUUUUGAAAGUUGGAGGCAUUUUAGUAAUGCCUAUAGAAGACCAGCUAACGCAAAUCUUGAGAACAGGACAGAACACCUGGGAAAGUAAGAAUAUCCUUGCUGUUUCAUUUGCUCCACUAGUGCAACCAAACAAAAAUGACAACGGCAAACAUGACACUGUGGGACUGCCUCCAUGUGCUGUUAGGAAUCUACAGGAUCUUGCUCGAAUAUAUAUCAGACGCACCCUUAGAAACUUCAUAAAUGAGGAAAUGAAGGCCAAGGGUAUUGCUCAGAAGGCUCCUCCAAAAAGAAAAAGGAGGAGAUGUCGUAGACGCAGGAUUAACACCUAUGUGUUUGUUGGUAAUCAGCUCAUUCCUCAGCCUCUAGAUAGUGAAGAGGAUGAAAGAAUGGAAGAUGAUAACAAAGAGGAGGAGGAUAAAGAUCACAGUGAGGCCUUGAAGCCAGAAGAGCCUCCUCGAAAUCUGUUGAGAGAGAAAAUUAUGAGUCUACCAUUACCUGAAUCUUUAAAAGCAUACUUGACCUAUUACAGAGAGAAAUAACUUGUUUUAAGUAGAAAUAAUGCCUACUGAUAGUUCCUUUAUUCUUGAAAAUGUAGCAUUUAAGAAGUAGGUGGACAAAUUAUUAUUAGUCUUUCAUCAAGACUGAAGUACAGCGAUAAAUCCAUAACUUGUCUCUAUCUUGUCUUUGCUACAAGGAAGACUUCCAUUCAACAGUAGAAUCCCUUUUUAAAAAUCUAUUUUUCUUUAAUUUUUGAAAAUGCUGUUUUAACUCUGAUAGAAAUAUAUAUUCCAUUAUGCAACACUAAUGAAUAUUUUGCAUGGUAAGUCUUUUGAUCCCUAACAGAUUUGUAUUGAUAAAAGGAUGAGUGAAAUUUUAUAUAUGCUCAUAGUUGUUAAACAUGUGCAUCUGACUUGAUGAGCAAUUUGUCUGUAUUUAUUAUUUAGGGGAACAUUUUAAACAUGCAGACACUUAUCCUCUAAUGUCAGAAUCAGACCCUUUUAAAGUUUAUUUUACUAUGGCUUUGUUGCAAUCAUUAUUACUAUGUUGGUACAGAUGUAUUCCAACAACACAAGUGCAAUAAAUGUAUUCAGACAUUGAAUGAGCUGGCUUUAAUGAAAUACGGAAAUACAAGUUCUGAAAUGUCAGAUUACCCUGCUACUUCUGCGUUUAUAUCUUUUGCCAAAAGAUCUUGAGAAAAGUAACAGCUUCUCUCAGAGCCUUAAAGAAACAUCAUAUUUGAUAAAGCAAUGCUUGCUUCAGCUCUGCUUAUAUUUGACUCCAUUCUACACUUUCAGUAUUUCUAACUAGAGGCACUUCCCCCAUUGUGGGAAGUUAAGGACAAUACAUUUUGUUUAUUUCUACAGCAUUCAGUCAAAAUGUUUGCUAAUACAAGAUGGUAAUGUGGAUUUCAGUCAUCUAUAUUUACUGCUUUUAAGUAGAGGUAGAAUUUCCAUGAGUUAAGUUUAUGUUGCUUAUUGGGAUAGCUAUAAUAGUAGAACUUAGAAUUUGUUCAGCAAAUGCACUUUAGUGAAUUUUAUAUUUAACAUGCAUCUCCAAGAAGGUAGACUUGUGCUAGGCUAUAUUUUGUUUCUGAGCAUGGCUCUUAGCACAAAAAUAUUUAUAAAAACAAAUGCAUCUUUUGGAAACCUAAGAGUAGCAGUGCAACUGUGGGGACGCACAAUAGUGCUGAUUUAAAUUCUUCUACAAUUUUUCCCUCUUCUAGUUGUGAAGUUACUUGCAGUUCUCAUUUUUAACUUGGUUUGCAUUUACCAUCUUAAUUUCUUCAUUCUGUUAUAACAACCAUGAGGGAAAACGCUAUUUAUUAAGAACUAGGCAUGAUAUGCAUUGAAAGCCACAAUCAUUGGACAUCUGUGCCUGUUGGACCCAGUGAAAAACAUUCCCUUUGAAACAUCCUGCACCAUUAAUUUUAAAAUACUGGUAACAUUUUUUUUGUGUUAUAACAAUAGAAAAAAGUAAUUACAUCUUUCUAAAGCAGUGAAUGUUCCUAGUUCAAGUAUUAUAACUAGCCAGUAUUCACGUGGUCUGACAGUCUAAUAUUGACUUCAAAAUGUAUAAGUAUUUUGUUAUAACUGAGAAGGAAGAUAAUGCAUAGUUGCAUGAAACUGACUUCUUAUGAUGCAUUUCAUGCUGUAGUCCCUGUUUUUUAAGGUACCUAGCAGUAAUGUUUAAGUGGAACUUCCUGAAGGCCUGUUGUACCAGCAUGUGGAGUUACUUUCUGCAAUAUAUUUACAGUAUAAGUAAACAAAACUACUUCAAAUAAUUAAUCUGAUUUUAUUUUAAAAGCAGGAAAAACUAGUAAGAAAUAGUUUUCAAAACAAAAAGAUACUAAUAAACUAAUUGCUUCAGCUGUUAGAAUUGAACAUAAUCUUGGUUUAAAUGGAUUAUUUUAGAUGGAGUUUAAGUAAUCUGAAGUUGGAGAUGUUUUUGUCUAUCCUUUUCUUGGAAUUUACAUCCAUAAGCUCAAGAGUAUGAGAUUACUAAAUAUUAAAUACUUCAAGGACUAUACGGGAUGCUUUUUGAGAAUUAAAUUUCUGCAUUCUUUCACACCUGUGUAUUGGGAAGAAUGGACGUCAGAUGACUUGUCAUGAUUCUUUAGUAUGUAAGUUUUUUCUGGAGUCACUGAAAGAGAAUGUUUCUUGUGUGUUUUAUAUGUGGAUUUAUUUUACAUUCUUGAAUUUAUAUUUACAUAAAUAAAAAGGUAGAAAUGCAAAAUGAAUUAAAACAAUUUUUGCCAUCUCGGUUCAUGAUGGGGACAUCAUUGCAAUAAAAUGGUGGGGUUUUUUGGUGGUUUCUGCUUGCUUGAAUUUCUGUCUUUCCGUGCAAGUAUUUUCCGUUGUUUGGAAAUCCUGAUACCAGCUUGUUUGGUUGGGUUAGUAACUUCCUAAUUAAAGGCUAAUCUUGAAUGUCAGAAAUAAAGUAAUUACACCCUUUUUGAUAAAUUUUGGGGGUUUUGGAAAGGUUGGAAGAUACAUUACUUUUGACAUAGGAAAGCUGUUUUUUGGACCCAGCACUACUUUUGUGUACUGUUGUGGAGAGUCAGUUUCUUCUGGAGAGUCCAGAAGCUAUGCUUGCAUUAUUGUCAAGAACAGGUUCAUGGGUUUUUUUUUUUUUCCCCAAGAACUGAGAAUUCUCCCUCAAUGUGAUGCAAAUAUGGAGAGGUUUGACAUAAGAACAGCAAGAGUGAGCAACUAGCAGCUCCCCCUUCCUAUUGAAACUCCCUCUUGGUGCAGCCCGAUUUUGUUACCAAUUAGAAAAAAAUCCAAGGUGGGUGGGCUAGGCUGACCAGCAAUAUUGUAACUGUGGUCACUGUAAGGAAAGAUACGAUUAAUUGGAACUUGCAGUGAUGUUUUAUCUUCAGUCUGGAGUAGGACUCAAGAUUGGUGCAGUUCUUACUGGAGACCUAGAGUUUUUUAAUCCCAUAUUGUUCAGGAGCAAGUCAGCUGCCUACCAAAACAUGGGAAAUGGUUUUCAAAUGGUUUUCAUUGAAAUGAGUUUUAACAGCUAUGUUCAGCUGAGCACUAUAUCUUGCUUGGGUUUAGGUGCUGGCUAAAGUUAGUUAAAGUUAGUCUUUUUUCUUUUUUUCUUUUUUUUUUUUUUUUCAUCCUGUUUUUUUUUUUCUAAACUAUUUUUUAAAAUGCAAAUUUAUCUGUCAGUUUGAAAACAAAUAGGGAAUGUAAUCAAAUGUGCUGUUCUGAUUAAAGCUGUUUUAACUCAUUAAAUAUUAAUAUUUUAUCUCCUGAAGUGUCUCCUUCUGUCAUUCAUUGAGUGUGUAAAACUGAAGGCUUCUACCUUUGUGUGAUUUACUAAUCAUUUGUAAAAGAUCAAGGAGGUGUGUGAUAUGUUUCUCUCGAGAGUUGUACAUGUAACUCUGCUUUUAUGAGGUCCUAAUAAUUUUGAAAAUACUUAAAUCAUGUAUGAGGCUCUUCCCAUAAAUCUCAGAGGGUCAUUGGAGUGUAACUACCAACAGCAAGGCUUUAAAAUUGUGUUUUACUCAAUAUACUUCAGUAAAAUUAACUUCAGUAAAAUCAAGAUUGCUGGCUUGAUAAAUGGCUGUCUCUGUGGCUUCUCGAGUUUCCCAGUGACAAUUUGUCAAUUUGCUGAAUGACUCUGAAGUACAGCUGGGUGGUCAGCUAAAGACUUGCACUAUGUUUGUGGUGUCUAUGGCAUCAAGAAUCUAAUGCUGAUUUAGCAGUGUGUUUUAAAAAUAUAACAUUUUCAGAGUUUU